UGCUCGAGACAACGGAAAAUGCGGAUAGACGUUCAGAUCAUGUGGCUAAUCAUUGUGUUGUCCUCGCUCCUGGCACCCGCAGCUGGCAACCAGUACCGAACCCGGCGGAAGCAAAUGUAUCCCCAGGAUUCAGGACUGAUGGAGAGUAUGAGUGGUGGUGGUGCUGGCGCCGGUGAUGGAUCUGGGUGCGACAUGGCGGGUGAGUCAAGGAACUCGCCGGAGAAGAAGCCCCUGCGGGGUCUCGGGAAUGCCAAGCAGAGGGCCUCCGGUAUCGCCAUGCAAGCUGCUAAUGAGGCGAAAAAGGCCAACGAGGAUAUGGCAACGGCGGUAAAGGCGGCCGCCGAUAAAAUUAAAAACGAAUAUGCCGACAAGGCGACCGCUGCCGCCAAAGCCGCCGAAGCGGUGCUGGCGGGUAAGGGUCAGUUGCUGGAGCAACUGGAGGCGGAAGUGCGCGAGGGCGAAAUGGUGGUGCAGGAGGAGAAUCAGGAGCUGACCACCGCCGAGACGAACGCCCAGCUGGCCAUGAAGGUCCACCACCUUGGCCAGCAGGAGCUUAAGGUCCUGACCAUGGGUCUGAAAAUGGCCAAAGAAAACCGAGAAAUCUCAGAUCAAGUAUACGCCGUGUGGCAGCAAUCUUUGGCCGACAAAUCCGCUCUUUUGGAGGCUGCCCAACGAAGGGUUGGUGUGCUAAUGCGACAACUAAGCGAAGCUCGGAUAGAUUACGAGAAGACCAAGAAGGCGUCAAAUAAUGCAGCCAGAGCCGCUCAAGAAGCCAAGCAGCGUAUAGCGCAAGCGGAGGCCACUGAAAACUGCGAUCGUGGACGAAUCCGUCGUGCCUGGCGGCUGUGAAAGGAAAUCCACUGAUAUUACACACACAUAUAUUUUACAUAUAAAGAAAACAAGAAAUCGAUUUGAAUUUUAA